AUGCCAUCCCAGAAAAGACCCCCACCGAGUCGCUCUCCAAGCCCAACGCGACGACCACCGCCUCCAUCCCCACCCCCUCCAACAACAUCAGACCCCACCGACAAAGCCAGCGAAACCGACAAAGACAACACCAAACAAGAAGAAGGCGAAGUCUCCCCAAGACCAGCGCCGGGGCAUGGCUACACCCUCGCAGACAUGACCUACCCGCCCUUCGACGUGAUGCUGCACCCGAUCGGCGCGCGGACGGAGACGGUGAACCUGAUCUUCCGCCGCGUGACCCCGUUCUUCCGCUGGGAGGACGCGGUGCCGGACCUGCUCGCGUGCAUCCAGGAGCAGCGGGAGCUCCGGCCGCACGCCGCGCCCUUCGGCGGCUCGAUCUACUGCGAGGGCCUGAUCCGGUACUUCCUGGAGGUGCCCCCGACGAUGCCCGGGAGCGGGUCGUACCUCUUGCGGUUCCACCAUUGGGGCCACACGGUGUUCGACACCGAGUCGACGGACGCGACGGUGGCGUGGAUGAGCACGAUUCCGCUGAAUCCCUCGUUCGAGGAGGAGUGGGCGCCAGAGAUUUUGACGUUUCUCUUGGCGUGUGCCCUGAUCACGGUGCGGAGGGGCUGGGUGCGGGAUUAUCGGGAGAGGAAGAAGAAGUAA